AUGGCGUCCGCCGAGGGUGUGGGCGCCGUCAUCUCGGGCCUGGAGACGGAGUAUGAAAGGUCACGCAAGUUCCUCGCGGAUUUAUGUCGCUCGCUCGAGGCACGCGGCUUGCUGAAGCGGUCUAGCCCUAUCGAGGCUAGCUCCCUCGCAACGAAGGAAUCCAACGGAGCAGCCUCAUUUGUGCAAGACGUCGAUGUUACUAACCCAUUUGCGCAUUUUGAUUUGAGCGAGGAAAAUAGUGGACUGAGCGCUUCGGGCCGCGUUGCCAAGAAGCUCUCGACCGCCAUCUCCAGCUACACGUGCAUUGACCCUUCCACACAGGAUGGUAUUUCGGAUCGUCCCUUUCUUGGAGCUACGGAGACUGUCUGUGUGCCGAUGCGCCGAGCAUCCAUAAUCGGUGGUUCCGGACUCUCCCUGGAUGCUUCCCAUGCUGCUGCGCAUUUGCUCAUUAUGCCACCACCACAAACCGCCCUCGGGGGCGGCCGCCACCGCCGCUCCUCCCUGGACUUCGUUCCCGCGCCGCCGGCCCAUCACCGCAAAUGGCUAGACGGCACUUUCCUCGGUUCGCAGCACCCGCCGUGUCCGCUGACGUCACAGCAAUCGCCCGUGCUGACAUCCUUGGCGUCGUCGUCGACGCCGCAGCUGCAGCAGCAGCAGCUUUCAGCGGCAACGGCCGGAACCUUUGCGCAGGAGCCGCCCCAGCUACAGCAGCUACAGCAUCCGCCGUCGGAGAGUGGAGGUGGACCUCCGCCGCCGCCGCAACAGCAACAGCAGCAGGCAAAUGGCUUUCCGGUCGACCCGCCUCAGGCCAAGAAGGGCUCCAGCCCCACCACCCAGCCGCAUCUGCCCCUCCUUGCGCACACAAACAGCAUUCUGACCUCCGCCCUAAACUCGCCCAUGGCCCUUCCGAAAAGCCCUGCCGCCGCCGCCGCCGCCGCGGCGGCGGCGGCGGCGACGAAUGCCGCAUUUCACAUCAGCACGGAGAUCGACAGUGGCAGCGGCGCCGUCAGCAGCGGCUCCGCGGUGGCAAGCCCGUUCAGCAUCAGCCGCGGCGGCAGCGGUACGGCACGUCGCAGUAGCUUAAGCGGACCGCCGCCGUCCUCUGGCGCCGCUGCCGCCGCUGCCGCCGCCGCCGUCACCAGCUUGCUGGAGCAAUCCUCCUCACCCCCUGGAUCCGGUUCGAAUCCAUGCGGCGACAUGAGGCCUCGAUCUGGUCGAUUCAGCCGCUACAACCACAACUACAACCACCACUAUCAGGGCCCCCAGCAGUCCACGGCGGGGCCACAGAUGGCACUUUGCUCUACCGGCCUGCUGCUUACUGCUGGCCACGUCAGCAAGGCCGAGCAAGCGAGAAGCGAGUUUUUUUGGUCAAAGAGCGAGAAAUACAUGUUCCAACUGCCAUGUUCCAACUGCCAUACAGAGCCGUACAUUUUGCGUACGGAUUAUUGA